GGUGCAGGCGGACGUCUGCACAGCCCGCUCCCCCACGACGCCACUCUCUCUGCACGACUCCUCUGUCGCCACUUGCCACCGCGCCAGCCCCUCGCCGUCCGUCCAGGUUCGUGCCGAGCCGCGCCUCCGUCACGCCGUGGCCCCCGCUGCAGGCCCUUACGCCGCCAUCCCGCAGUGCACCACCAGAUCUGUUUGAACGACGCCAGCAACCUCACGCCCUUUCUGUUUGAAACCGCGACGGACCAAGGGCCACCGUAGACAGCCUCUCACCGCCAAGGACAUUGGAAUCAGCCCUAGACAGCGGCGUCUCGCUCUCUAAAUUUUGACAGGCCAUCUCACGAAAUUAGGUUGUGAUACUGUUAGAGGUUGGACCCAAGUCUUAAAUAAUACACGGCAAGAGUCAGAUGAUUUUCGGGAUGCUGUUCCCGAACACCUGGUGCCAAUAAAAAGAAAAUAUUUUCAGAUGAUUUUGAUGGUUUGGCUGGGAAUCAAGGGAGAAGAGGAUGAAAGUCAAGCUCUUACGUGGGGAAGCUAGAAGCCAACUAUAUUGGUGGCAUGCUGUUGCUUCUUGGACGUGGGAUGCCCAGGAUGAAACUUGUGGGAUCUGCAGGAUGGCCUUUGAUGGUUGCUGUCCAGAUUGCAAGCUCCCUGGGGAUGAUUGCCCACUAAUUUGGGGCGCAUGCAACCAUGCAUUCCAUCUUCACUGCAUCUUAAAAUGGGUGAAUUCACAGACAUCUCAAGCACAUUGCCCCAUGUGCCGUAGAGAAUGGCAAUUCAAAGAAUGAGAAAAAAAGUGAACGAGUUCCAUGAUGAAUUGAAUGAAUACUGGCUGUGUAUGUUAGUGCAAUAAAUGCUUUCUUGUUGCGACCUUGUGUUUAUGCAAGUAUGGGCGGGCUAGGCACAAAUGCAUUAAUGCGGACAUAUUGGGUGAUGGAAGGUUUGGGCUGUUUGAUUUGUGUUGAUCGACUGCGUCUUUAGUUUCAUGGGGUCCAGAUCUUGACUGGUUUUGACAAUCUUAGAGCUAUGAUUGAGGCCGAAGCUCUCAAAAGGAGGGACUGCACUCUCAAGUUUUUUCAUGCCGUUGCACCUGGUUUGAGGAUUGUAGAUGGGUUUUGGUCUCCAGAUUUCUUAACAAAAUAGAUUGAUUUGUUUUUUCUAUUUUGCUUUGCAUGCAGUGGUUGAUAUCCAAGAUUUUAUUUCUCUUCGUGUUCGUCUCUGCCUCUUCUCUCUUUAGCCCACCCUGAGCCCUAUCUCCCUCUCUGCAACCGAUGUAUGGACCACGCCGUCAGCAACAGAGCCGUCGGCAAGCUCUGCACCACGCCGAGUCACCCCAGAUCUACCAUUUCUCUGCUCGAUCUCCUCCACCGCAUUCGAACCCACUGCAGGUCAUCAUUCAGAUCCACCAUGGAUCUCACGUUCGUUACUUUCUCAGCAAUUGCUCUUUUGUACAGUAUGUUGGUGUGACUUUCAAAGUGAGGAGAUGUUUUGGCCACUAAAUAAGAGGGUUGGAAGGCAGGGUUAUCGGCUAUAGGUUUUUCUCAUUUAUCACAAAUCUGUUGAAUGUGAGGCUCCGAAAAAAAUGUGUCGUAGUGUUUGGUUUGAGUUUUUUCUUGCUCGGUCUUCGUUCGGGUGAGCUGUGAGUAUGGACCCCCUUAUUGUUGGCGGCAAGGCAUGGGAAGAUUUCUUCGUGCAUAAGCUUCUUCAAGCAGCAGAGAAUAUACUGAUGUUUGAUUCUCUACAUCGAAGAACCUGCUUGCAUUAUGCUGCUUACUAUGGCCAUUCAUAUUGCCUUCAAGCUAUUCUUUUUGCUGCUCAUUCCACCCGUUUCAGAUUUUUGAGACGAGACUACAGCUAAUGGGACUACAGACAAAAGUGCAGACGGAAAGCUGGUGGUAGAAGGCCAAGUCUCACGCUGGGCAGGAAAAAAAAUAGAAAAAGAAAGAAAAAAGGAAAUGCAUUUGCAUGAGAUUUUGUUUGAUGGAGGCAAGACGACGUGCAACUGGGAAGAAGAAAAAGAAAAUUCUUUCGGUGGAGAAGCCAUUCAUACGAGACCCAAUUCAAAACUUUUUAGACAAUUUACGUAAACAAAUGAGGAAAACCCAGAAGGAAUAAAAAACUCCCGAGUUUAUUUGACUUUGACGCGAGAGAGUUUGUUUUUCUUCUUUGCGUUUGGACAUAAGAUGGAAAGAGAGCAUUAUUUCUUGUUUUUUUUAUUUUUUUAUUUUGGACAUGGGACACAAACAACAUGCAUGCAUAUUAAUUUAUUUUUUCCCUUUAGUCUUAUUUUCCUUCGCGAGUGUUCUUUUCAACUGUGUAUGUAAAGUCCAAAAUGAGAAGCAACUAGACGAUAUUAUCGUUGCUCUUAUUUUUAGGCCUUCUGCUUCCUUUAUAUCCAUCCACUCUCUUCUGUGGUUGCUUUUUC